UUACAGAAGCGGAAACAAAUUAUUCUUGUCUCAGCUGUCUUCGCUCCUCAUUGUAACAAUGAGAGUAAUUUUCAAUACUUUAACAUUACUUUUGUUUCUUUACAGCAUCAAUGGAGAGAUCACCAAUUGUCGCUACUAUCCACGGUAUCACGCUGCGCCACCAUACGGCUGGAUGAAUGAUCCCAAUGGAUUAACAUUUUUCAAAAAUAAUUACCACCUCUUCUACCAAUUUAAUCCUGACUCUGCUUUGGUACCCGGAACAGCUCACUGGGGACAUAUGAAAAGUACCAAUCUUGUUCACUGGCAACACCUUCCGAUAGCAAUGUAUCCAAACAAUACCUACGAUAGAAGCGGAGUAUUCUCAGGCAGCGCUUUAAUAGAAGACGGUAAAAUGUAUUUAUACUAUACAGCUCAUAUAAACCAUCCCGGGGAGACACCCGAUCACGAGGAGAGCCAGGCCCUCGCUAUUAGCGAAGACGGAGUCAACGUGGUGAAAUAUGAAAAUAAUCCUAUCAUCCUCGGCGCAGGGCGCCAACCAGACAUCAGAGAUCCUAAAAUUUGGAAACACGGUGAUACCUAUUACUUAGUUCUGGGUAAUAAAUUUAUUAAAAAUGAUACAGAGCUCGGCCGCGUGCUUUUAUAUUCAUCAAAAGAUAAAUACAACUGGGAAGAAGAUUCUAUUGUCGCUGCAUCCGAUGGACCACUCGGUUACAUGUGGGAAUGUCCCGACUUCUUCCAGAUUGGUGGCUAUUUUGUACUUCUAUUUUCGCCUCAAGGAGUUAAACCAGAAGGAGAUAAGUUCUUAAAUCUUUACCAAUGUGGCUAUAUAGUUGGAAGUUUUGAUUACGUGACACGAAAAUUCGUACCCAAAACUGAAUUCCGGGAACUGGAUCACGGCCAUGAUUUUUAUGCAACGCAGUCUAUUCUGGAUAACAAGAAAAGGAGAUUGGUUUUAGCAUGGAACGAUAUGUGGGAAACGAACUACGCUGAACAAAAUGAUGGCUUUACAGGACAGAUGACAUUACCGAGGAUAUUGACGCUUACGAAAGACUUGCGUUUGCUUCAAAGGCCUGUGCCUGAAAUCAGAGAAGCUAGAGACAAUGUUAUUUGCACUGGAAGAGCUUCGGGUGGUACCAGUGUUACAUUAGCUGACAAAGCCGGUGAAGUGAAUAUCAGGGCAUCUCCGUCGAGUGAUUUAGAAUUGUCUAUCGAGGGAAAAAACAGGUCAGUUCUGAUUUAUUAUGACGCGACAAAUGGUCAAAUAUCCCUCGACCGGGGCGGUGAUGAUGGCCUUCGUCGCACGGAAUGGAAACCAAAGUAUAUACUCAAAAUGACCAUUUUUAUCGAUGCAAGUUCCGUUGAAGUAUUCUGUGGUGAUGGUGAAGUGACCAUGUCCAGUCGAUUUUUCAUCGAUGGACCAUUGAGCGUGAGAUUAGGAGAUAACUGUGAAGUUGAACAAUUCCGUGUGAUUAAUCUGAAGCGUACUAUACCAGUUGAUUGUUCUGAUGAAUAAAACGACGCUUGAUUACGUAAAAUUUUAAUUUGUACGAAAUACGAUAAAAUUGUACUUUAACUCUAAAUUAUUUAAAUUCGCUAGGCACCAAAUAAAGUUCAACCAAAUUUUAAACGUAUUUUCAAAAAUUUUCAGUAGAAGCUACUUGUAUUUUGUUUGUUUUAUUAAUUCUAAUUGGAAAGUGUCAUAUUAUCAUUAACUUAUUUUUAUUAAUUAUUUUUUAUUGAAAUGUUAAUUUAUUCACUUUUAAUUAGCUGAUUACACUUCUAUCUACUAAAGUACUAAUUUUCAUUUAGUUCAUAUUCCAAUUUCGUUUAAUUUUAUGCAUCGAUAACAUUUUUGGUACAUAGAUCAAUGAAUGCAAAAGUAAAAAAAAAACUAUAGGUACUUGUUUAAUAAUUUUAUUUAUUCUUUUGUAAUUAUCUGCUUAGUAUCAUUUUAUUUUUUGUACAAUUAAAUAAAUAACUGUU